AUGACCAACUUCCUCUCCUCCGUUGCGGCCCACGCAAAGGCCCACCACGAGAGCGUCAACGCCGCCUACAACACCUACUACACCGGCUCUCCCGCAAGCUUCACCCCAUCAAGCUCCACUCAAACCUCCCGCAACCCCUCUACUUCCUCCAGCCAGCGCAACCCCACAAACGCCUCCAAGGCAUGGAAAGCCCUCAAGAAGCACCACCAAGAAAUGAACUCCGCAUUCGCCGUCUACUACAGCCCGAGCUUCUCUCCUUCGGCAUCACGCAGCUCAUCUACUGCUUCUAGCCCCCGCCAGAGCGCUGACGCACCACGCAAGGGCGCUGCUACUUCUACUGCGAGCUCUAGCGAGGAGGAGCUCGGUCCCAGGAACUACCAGAAGGUGUGGAGGGGAUUGAAGAACAAGGUUGUUGAGCACCACAAGAGUAUUAGCAAUGCUUAUGAGCACACCUACGGUGCCCAGCACCGAUGA